GGUAUUGGUGGUGGCUGAGACUUGAGCAAUCAAAGAAAAUCUCCACUAACCUCAUCUUACCUUACCAAGAAAACUACUCCUCGCCUCCUCCUCGCGUUACCUCUCAUCAUCUUGGUUAGCUAGAGUAGGAGCACAUGCAUGCAAAUCUGACAUGAUAUCAUUUCACUGGCAAACCCUACUUAGUUAGACCUAGGAUUCAUUUAGGAUAUCACCAUCGCUGCGACCUGUUUCUUUGUAAAGUUUUACUUACAGGCUUAUCAACUUACUUCCUCUCGCUCUACCAGCUACAGAUCCAUUGUUGUAGAAACAGUGACGUUGGAUAAGCUCGGAGUAUGAGCUACGCAGCAGAACAUACGAGUACAAGUCACGGGUGCACAGCUUUUCAUUGUUUGAAGAUACACUGAUUCGCCUUUCUUCUUCCGUCGCGAAGCGAUUCAAUUCAACGACCUACACUGUGGAUCCAGACCUCAUACUACCAAUAUCCCUCUACCAGUGUAUUUACUUAAAUACACAAUGGCAAAACCAACCGACAAGGGAACUUGCCCGUCGGGCGGCCUCUGGUUAGUUUUCCACUGGAUCGUUUCUAUCGGUAGCAUUUUAACAAAAGCACAGGUAUGAAUGCACGGCAAUUGUCCCAAGUUUCCAAGGAUGCUGCGUCUCAAAUCCGUGUCAACAAAACGGAUGUCCUGCAACAGACCUACGAGCGGCCGGCAUUCCAACAGCUGGCAUAGUAGCCACGAACGAACCGAACGUACAAUGUCCAUCAACUUCGUUAUGGUAUACAUGUACAGGAAUUUCUCCGUCUUUCCAGGGCUGCUGUAAAACAAACCCAUGUCAGCAGAAUGGGUGUCCAGCAGGAGAUCUUGAACCAGCACAGUUCAAAGUUAUUCCUGGAACAACCUCAACUUUACAAUCUACAACUGCAUCCUCGACAUCAACCGGUACUGCUGCUCCUGUACAGCCUAAUGCUACCUCCUCAGAUGGAAACCAUAACACUGCAAUAAUCGCUGGUGUCGUGACCGUUGGCGUGGUUCUUGUAGCUCUUAUAAUAUGCGGAUUCCUAAUCCUUAGAAAUCGAAGAAAGAAGGACAAAAACGCGAAGAGAGAUUCCGCAGCGGCCGCAGCAAUGGGAAAGGACCCUGAGUCGCCUGGAAUGCGAAAACUAACACCAAAAGACGGCAUCCGAGGGCCCGAGACGGGUACGUUUCUCUUCGCCUAUAUUCCCAUGUUCCAACUAACAAGCAACAGAAGGAUAUUACACAGCCUCCCAAGGCACCCCAAGACCAGACCACGACAAACACUUCUCACCAAUACGACCAGCACGAGAGGGAGAUGCCCACACCGUUGGCCCACCACCCUACGGCUCUCCUCAACCGUCUCCAAAACUACCAGCUCACUCUCCGCGAAUCUCAAUAAUGUCUGGUCAUCCUUCGCCUACUGGGGCUCAUACAUGGGGUGGUCACCCAUCACCUCAUCAUAAUAAUGUCCAUGAGAUGGUAGAUGCUGACUCGACGAAUAUCCCACAGCAGUUGGAUAGUACGGAGAUGCCUGCUAGUGCGAGGUCACGAGAGUAUGCUGUUGAGUUACCUGGCGUGGCGGUCUCGAAGUAGUUGGCGAAGACAUGAAACGAGAUGAGAUGAAAAUUGUUUGCAGGGCUUUGCGCUGGUAAUGCGGAUCUAAUGGGUGAUUUUAAUGGCACAAAAUUCUUGUAUGAUACUUCUUAUUUAUGGGCGUAUGUUAUCUAUCGGAUGUUGG